CCUCGGCCGAAGCCGGUUUAGUAGCGUAACGAAGAAGCACCGCGACACAUCGUACUCCAUUCAGCGGCGGUAGCAACGGUUCUUCCAGCAGCGUGGUUGUAUUGAUCGUGGAAGUUCGUCGGCAAGCGCGACACGAAGGAUGGGCAUAUUUCGUGAAUUUCCCAUUGUCUUCAAUCUCUACAAGAAGCACAGAUAGUUCGCGGGCAAUCGCCGCGAAUCACUCGUAUGAGACAGGUGAAUCUUUCUGCGGCUGGGAAACGCACAUCGCUGACAUAAACACUGAGGUGAUAUAACCACGAAGUGUAUUCUCCGAAGUCCAUUUCACGAAGAUUGUUCCUUCAUUUACACAUACGCACCCUUGGAAAGCCAAAAUGUCGCAAGUGACUGAAAUCAUGGAGAAGAAGGAUGUUUUAAAAGGGAAACCGACUCUCGUCAGACGAGUUUCCGACAUGUUCAAGGAUGGAAACUAUAGCGGACCGCCGAUGCUGUUCCGACACACGUCAAUGCAAAAGAUCCGCCAUUGUUGUCAGAAUCUUAAUCUGCUACCGUAUCUCCUCUACUCCUUCGACAACUCUAAGUCGCAUCCGCUGGCGCGCAAGAUGCAUGUCUACCUCAACCGUUUUCUUCAGGAGAUGACCCUCACCCUCAUCCCUUACGAAAAGCUCCGUCAGGCGGCGAAGAGCGGAUUAAGCGCCAAGAGUCCGAUCGUCGCGCAAGAAACGAUCGCGGAACCGAGCGAUGACCUCGCCAAGCCUGCUGCGAGGUUCUGCAGGCUUGAGAAGCCGAAACGCAAGCCGCAUCCCUUCUACCUGGUCGCGGCCGCCUACCUCGUGCCGCUGCUGCUGAUCUGCCAGGUGAUAACCCUGUGCAGCCUGACGAUCUUCGGCAAGUACACUCCGGGCUUCAUCUUCCUGAUCACCGCGCUGCUCUUCCUCGGCGGUAUCGCGCUCAAGAUACUGUUACACGAGACCGUGCUGCACGCCGACAAAAAGUGCGAAAGGAAGAAGAUCCAAUGAUCCGUCAUCCGUUGCCGUUUCAUAAAUAAGUGGUUCCACAUUCUUCCAAACUGAGAGAGAAUUCUUACAUUUCGUCACGCAACUCAGCACAUUUGCCGAACGUUUACAUGUAUCAGAUAUUACCAUUUAUGUGCUAAUUAUGUUAACGCGUUUGACGAAACCUUAGCCUCUUUCAUUUAUCUAUAGUUUCUUUAGAAAUGUUCUCAUAACGUUUCCAAUCGUCGCUUCAUAUAUAUAUAUUCCUAUUUUUAUCUUCUUUUACAUUGUCAGAAUACGUAAAAUGCGAAGGACGUUUUUAAGCUAAGUACAAUAACGCCUUUAGGCAAAGGCAUAAUUUUAAUUGUUCUCAAGCAUAAUCUCGGAGGGCUGCUUGCACUCCUCGAUUUCUAACGAAGCUAGCGACGUGAGUCCUCUGCAGCAUAAGACUGAGAAUUGUUUUUUAACGUUUUGUAAAUAAAUGUGCGAAUAAGAUGUACAAUGGAGAGUAAGAUUGUUGAAUUGUUUGUUCUAUUCCGGCAAGGAAUGAUGAAAGAUAUAUAUAUAUAUUAUAUUAUAUAUAUGGGAGCUUGAAAUAUGUCCAUUGAAAGUUUGUUCGAUCUGUGAUGGAGUGGGUUACAAGUGAUAUCCCACAGGCACUAGCAAUAUCGUUUAUUGUUAUAUCCGCGAUAAGAAUUUAUUAUGUGUAGAUACGAUUUCUAAAAAUACACGCCUUGAACGAG